AUGGCAGGUGAAACGGAUAAUGGUUGGAAAUUUGCUCAAUGUUUCGGGGACAAAGGCGAAGUCGAGGACAUUACAGAAGCUGACAUUAUCUCGACCGUGGAAUUUGACCACACGGGUGAUUAUCUCGCCACUGGUGACAAAGGAGGACGAGUGGUUUUAUUUGAACGUAAUGAUGGAAAAAAAGGUUGUGAAUACAAAUUUUAUACGGAAUUUCAAUCGCACGAACCCGAAUUUGACUAUUUAAAAAGUUUGGAAAUCGAAGAAAAGAUCAAUAAGAUCAAAUGGUGCAAGCGACAGAAUGCUGCACAUUUUUUAUUAUCAACGAAUGACAAAACCAUCAAACUUUGGAAAGUUUUCGAAAAAUCUCUAAAAGUGGUGGCUGAAAAUAAUCUGAGUGAUGGUUCGAGACCUCAAAAUGGAAAAAUUCAACAUUUGAGACUACCAAAACUUACACAUCAUGACACAAUCAUUGCAGCUGUUCCUCGCAAAGUAUAUGCUAAUGCUCAUGCUUAUCAUAUUAAUUCCAUAUCCAUUAACUCUGACGGUGAAACAUAUAUAUCUGCCGAUGACUUAAGAAUUAAUCUUUGGAAUUUAAACAUUAGCGAUCAAAGUUUUAAUAUUGUUGAUAUUAAGCCGGUAAAUAUGGAAGAACUGACCGAGGUUAUUACCGCUGCGGAGUUUCACCCCAUCCAUUGCAACCUUUUUAUGUACAGUAGCAGUAAAGGGACUAUAAAGCUUAGCGAUAUGAGAGCGGCGGCUUUGUGCGACAAGCAUGCAAAAU